ACCAUGCAAAAGAGGCGUGAGCCUGCCUUCAGAAAACUCCCUGCUCCAGUGCUGCAUCUGUGCCCUGAGCUGUGAGCCUGAUCCUGUCCAGCUCCCUGCUCUGCUAGGAAACAGCCUCCCUCUGCUAGCUCCAGAUCAGCCUAGGAGGGGAGCAGCUCUCGGCAUCAUACAUCGGUCUAUGGCAGAGGGAGACCCAUCCAGGCGCUGGGAGCUGGAGAGACAGGAUGUCAAGCGGGCUGAAGCCCGGCUCAGCCAUGGGCUGCAGGACUUAGAGGAAGCACGAUUCUACCAAAUGAAUUCAAUGAUCAAAGAGCAGAGGCAGAUCCAGAAGGAGUUACAGAAACUGCAACAAGGCAAUUCCCGGAAGAAGGCCCAUGUGACUCUCGGGGACCUCUCCCAGGAGGUUGGUAAAAGGUCAGCUCUGCCCAUGCUCCCAACUUCGUCAGGGCAGCAGCACAGCAAGAGACGAGUGGAGCAACUGAAAGCACCGAGAAGUACUUUGCCCAAGAUGGAGGGACCCAGACAGGCAGCCCAAUCACCCUUGCAGCAUCAGACAUGCGACCAUGAUGUCCUGGAUAAUGCAGGGCAGGAGUCCUCUGGAAGACAUGGGUCAACUUCAACACGCACCCAGACCAAAGCUGCAAGCUCCAUCACAGACAUCAGCCUGUCAGACCUCAGGCAUUCCAUCGCUAGGCAGCUGAGCACCUCUGCCAAUCCGGCAGAGCACGAAGAAACCAACAGCCAAGGAGAGCUGGGUGCAGGCCCCACAGUGCUACCCCGUGGACAGACAGAGGCCAGCAAUGUGGAUGGCAGUGACACCAUGCCCAAGCCCAUUAGCUGCACAGAGAGAAAGAAGCCUUCCCUUGGCCACGAGAAGCUAAGUUCUGAUACAGAUCCAUAUGCCCCAGACAGAAGCCACCUCAGACCCAUGCACAGCAGGCCUGGGUUUCUGGAGUUGUAUGCUGAAGCCAGGAAGGCCCGGUAUAUCCGGCACAAGGGCAUUCCAGCCUCAGAGAAGGAACUCAGCCUGCAAGAGAUCUUUGGGCAUGAAAACAGCUUAGACCCCAGCCCCCCAGGAGCAGCACAACCCUGAAUGAUGGCUCCUUCCCCUAAGGGAGGCUUGUGAGGGUCAGCCACAGGAAAAGGUGGUCUGCCCUGCUGUCUGGAACAGCCAGCUAGCCGGGGUUAUAAAGUCGUAGAUUGUAAGUGUUAGAGGGCUUAUUCCUUCACCCGCUCACUUCCCUGGUCCUUCUCGCAUGAACAGAGAGCAACAAUACCCGAAGUCCGAAGGUGCAAACAAUUCAAUGUUUAUUGGGGUGAACUUCCAGAA